AUGCCGUCGCUUCUUCUGGUAGUCUUUAUUCUUCAACUGCUGCUCCAUGUCAUCAACACUGUUGGCAAAAACACCGUCAACGAGCUGCUAUGGAUACUUUACAAUAAGCUACCGACGCCCAGUUCGGGCUCUGCAAAGCGAUGCCAAAUUCUGAAGAAGGAGAUUGUUCAGCUGAAGCGCGAGUUGGGGAACACGUCGCCUCAGGACAACUUCUCCAAAUGGGCAAAACUUGACAGACAGCACAACAAGGCCAUGGCCGAGUACCAGAAACUAGAUGGCUCCUUGCGCUCGCAUCACUCGGCUUUCACGUCUGCCGUCUCGACCCUUCGCUGGCUCGGAACGCAGGGCCUCCGCUUCGUCCUACAAUUCUGGUUCGCGAAAUCGCCCAUGUUUUGGAUACCGGCGGGCUGGGUUCCGUACUACGUGGAAUGGAUACUCAGUUUCCCGCGCGCGCCGUUAGGCAGUGUGAGCAUAAACAUAUGGGGUAUUGCAUGCGCAAGUAUGAUUGCUCUUGUUGCCGAGGCAGUUGCGGCAGCAUGGGUACUCAUUAUGCACAAGCCGACACCUGUGGCUGCAGAGAAGCAGCGCCAGAAGCAAGAAGCCAUGGCAUUCAGCGCCAAUCAGAAACCUGCAGAGAAGAAGGAACUAUAG